CACCGAAGGGAGAGAGGGAAGUCCCGUCUGAUCCAACCCAUACGUGCCCCAAAUUAACCUUGCGUGCUGCCGGAUGUUCCGCGGGGGCCACAAUCACACUACUGGCUGCCUCUUCACCCCAGGACCUUGCUCUUGUGCCAACUAAUCUGCCUUUAAUGCCCUUCCCCUCCGGGGGAGAGGAGCACAUUUGGUUCUUCAAAGUCCGUCCCCACAUCCCCUUAACAUAUUUGAAUCACAGUGUAUCUACCUCACCGCCCCCCGCACCGUGAGAUAACUGUGUGGCACUUAGGGGUUAGGUAACUGCUCUCUACGAGAGGUCACUGCAGCAAGAGAAGUGUUACAAAGUACCAUGCUGCACUGUAUAGUGAUACCGAGUAUCUCUACGCAACACAAACUGCUCCAUCUUCUUUUUCACACAAGCAGGAAGUAGACCCACUACAUGAACCUUCCCGUGGACGGCCUUUUUGGUUUAGUGCAGGGCCCCAUGCGGUAGCUGCGUACACCAGAGGGACCCCGCUCGCUGCAGAGCAGACGACUGUUACAAUUUCGUAGUCAUACUCAUCACAGAUGUAGAGUGCAGCUGGUUCCCUGUUCCUGGGGACACGUGUCUGCACCUCGUCCUGAUCACUGUGAAUCCUUCCCGGGAAACACACUCCAGUGCCGUGUGUGGCUGAUGCCUGGGCGCCAGGCAGGGAAGAACCUAAUAAAUUCUUCAACCUUACCUUAUAUCUGUUCCCGUUAUUUACACAACGCUACUAAUCAAACCUCCCCAAACAUAGGGCUCUCUCAAAGGCCCCCUGUCACUGAAGAACCUUUGAAAGUGAGGGGGGCCAAUAAAAUCAUUCUUGUUAGUGUGGAGGAAACGUGAAGACGUGUUGGGUCUCAUGGUCCUUUGGGGGAUCACCAUGCACCUGUCCCCUUCUACCAGUCCUCAUAAGUAGCCCCCUCUAAUCUGCCCCAAUAUCGCUUGUUCCGUCUCUUGCCUCUCCCAUCCCCCUCCCUUGUGGUUAAUGAUCUUCCGUUCGGUUUCUCUCUGCGGAAGUUCCCUUUUUUAAUCUUUAGACUCACAGAGAUAUCUAAGUCAGAGCCAUGAGCAGAGGCGGCACCAAAAGCGGGUCCCGGGUCCAGGACAAUGCCCCUUCCAAGCUACUUCUGCCUCAAGAGAACCAGAAGGUGUUCCAGCUGUUGGGGAGAAAAUGUCUGGCCCUGGUCACAUCGGUGGCGCAGCUGUUCCUGGCACCGUGCGGUGACCGCUGGGUGAAGCAGUACUGCGGAGUCCUGUGCUUUGUGAAGGACAAUCCACGGCGAUCUUACUUCAUACGUCUAUAUGACAUAACAGAAGAAAAAAUGCUCUGGGAGCAGGAAUUAUACCAGCAGCUCCACUACCUCACCCCUCGGCCAUAUUUUCACACCUUUCCUUCAGAUGACUGCCAGGCUGGCCUCAAUUUUGCAGAUGAAGAUGAAGCUGCUGCUUUCCAGGCAAUGGUGGAGGAGAAGAUGCAGAAGAGACAGCACCGACAAGACAGACGCCAGACUCUGCCCCUGACAGAGGAAAGAAGAAAUACCCUUCCUCUCCCACUGCCCCCCGCACAUCUCUCAAAUGGCCCACCAAGCCCACAGCCACACUCGCCAUCUCUCGGUCUGAAUCUACCCGCCGUCAGCAUUCCAAACCCGGACAUCACAGCUGCCAGAUACCGAGCGCUGCCAACGCCAAGCGACAAGAACAAGGGCAAGAAGGGGAAGAAGAAAUUCUCUAAGGCAGACAUUGGUGCACCCAGUGGCUUCAAACACGUCAGUCAUGUUGGCUGGGACCCCAAUAAUGGGUUUGAUGUAAACGCAUUGGACCCGGAGCUGCGCAGCCUCUUCAGCCUCGCCGGGAUCAGUGACGCACAGCUGGCCGACGCAGAAACCUCCAAACUCAUCUACGACUUCAUAGAGCAGCAGGGAGGAGUGGAGGCUGUGAAACAGGAGAUGAGGAAGAGCGAUACUGCUCCUCCACCACCUCCCCCCUCACGCAAUGCCCCGCUACCACCUCCUCCUGGAAGAGGCAGGGCAGGCCCACUACCACCACCACCAUCCCGUGUGUCCUCCGUCCCACCACCUCCACCACCGUCACGGAGCACUGCUCCUCCACCACUACCACCAUCACGGAGUGGAGCUCCACCUCCUCCACCGCCGCUGCCCCCUCCAGCCCCGGAACCCCACAUAGGCGCUCCUCCACCACCACCUCCUCCAGCCUUUUCUGCGAAUCAGGGCUCCCAGCCCACAACUUCCCCGCAGGGGCGCGGUGCUCUUCUGGACCAGAUUCGACAGGGGAUCCAAUUGAAUAAGGUCACGGAGUCUGCGGAGGGUCCUGCCUCCCCAGAGCCCAGCUCAGAGGGUUUAGUCGGAGCUUUGAUGCACGUCAUGCAGAAACGAAGCAAAGUCAUUCACUCUUCAGAUGAUGACGAUGAUGAAGGUGCGGAGGAGGAUGAUGAUGAUGAAUGGGAUGACUGAGGAUGCUGGAGAGAGCUGCCCGUCUGUCGGACGCUGUAUUGUCAGAUCUUCACUCAAAGAACAAACCGUUUUCCUCUCGAAUGUUUUUUAUUGUUGCCCUCGGCGAUCGUCGGACCCCGCGAGACAUUAACAAAUAAAAGUUUUAUUAAAAGA